AUGGCCCCGUUUAAAGUUCUUUAUGGGAGGAGAUGUAGGUCUCCUAUUGGGUGGUUUGAUGCUUUUAAGGUAAGGCCAUGGGGUACAGAUCUUUUGACGGAAUCAUUAGCUAAGGUCAAGGUGAUUCAGGAAAAGCUCUUGGCUGCCCAGAGUAGACAAAAGGAGCAUGCAGAUCGAAAGCCUAUGAGUUGCCUUUUUGAGUUUUUGUCGAGGUGUGCGUCAGGUGUUCCAUGUCUCAUGUUAAAGAGAUAUCAUGUUGAUGGUUUAUUUAUCAUUCGUUGGGAUUCUAUCUUGUUGGAUGAGAAUCCGUCCUAUGAGGAAGAGCCUAUUGCAAUUAUGGAUAGAGAGGUUCGUAAGCUGAGGUCGAAAGAAAUAGCGUCAGUGAAGGUUCAGUGGAAAGACCAUCCUGGUGAAGAAGCUACUUGGGAGAUCGAAUUCGAUAUGCGCAAUAAUUACCCCCAAUUUUUCACUGAGUCAGAUGAUUCAAAUACUCAUGUAGCGCUAUAUUUCUGGACUUUGAACGUUCUGAGGCAUUGCAGAAAGGAAAGGCUCACGUGGAAUAGAUUACAUUAUUACAGUGCGGCGUUGAGAUUGUGA